AUGACCCAAGCACUCCCCCCCGCACCCACAUCGGCCCUCGACUGGGACAGCCUCGGAUUCAAAUGGGUUGACACCAACGGCCAUGUCAAGUACAUCUUCAAGGACGGCAAAUGGGACCAAGGCGAAUUCGUCCGCGACUCUUACAUUAAAAUGCACGUCUGUGCUCCCUGCCUCAACUAUGGCCAGGAGUGCUUCGAAGGAAUCAAGGCAUUCAGAUGCAAGGAUGGUCAAAUCCGCAUCUUCCGCCCCGACGCAAACGCAAAGCGUAUGAUCUACUCUGCAGAACUCGCUUGCAUGGCCCCCGUCCCCGAAGCUCUCUUCAUCGAGGCCUGUGAACGUGCCGUCGCCAACAACCUUGAGUUUGUCCCUCCCUAUGGAUCUGGUGGUGCGUUGUACUUGAGACCCUUGUUGUUGGGUACGGGCCCUGAGAUUGGGCUCUAUCCUGCUCCCGAGUUCACCUUUAUCGUCUCUGUCAUUCCUGUCGGAAACUUCUACAAGGGAGGUGUCAGCCCCGUCGACUGCCUGGUCGUCGACAGCUUCGACAGAGCCGCCCCAUUGGGAACAGGAGCCGCAAAGCUCGGCGGAAACUACGCCCCCGUCCUUCGCCACAGCUCAGAAGCAAAGGCACGCGGAUACCCCAUCACCCUCCACCUCGACUCCAAAACCCACACAAACAUUGACGAAUUCUCCACCUCAAACUUUGUAGCCCUCACCUACCCUUCCUCCACCACGGAAACCCCCAACCCUACUUUCUGUGCUCCAGAAUCUCCCUCGAUCUUGAACUCGGUGACAAAGCAAUCCCUGGUCCAGCUCGCAAAAUCCUUUGGAUGGUCCGUCGAGAACCGUGUGAUUCCAUUCACAGAAGUCCAAGAGAACCGUUUCGAGGAAAUCGCCGCCUGUGGAACAGCGGCUGUGAUUACUCCCGUCAAAUCGAUUGAACACCAGGGAGUCAAGACUUUCAUCGGGACUAGCAAGACUCAGGCUGCGAUUGGACCCGGGUUCUUGAGACUUUUCACGGCUAUGCGUGGGAUCCAGAAUGGAGAUCUUGAGGAUCCUUAUGGAUGGAUGCAGCCUGCCCAGGGUAUUGCUCCCCGCAACGAGGCUUAA